AUGUGGGCCAGCAUAGCGGAUGGUGCCAUAAUCACCUCCGCCUUCGCCCAGCUCAAGUACCUCGCGCUCGAACGGGUCACCGUCUCCGAGUGCUCGCUGCAGGCGAUCAUCGACGGCUGUCCGGCGAUAGAGUGCUUGCAGCUUGGGACGAAAGAUCAGGUCCAGCUUAAGGAACUCGUCGUCAAGAAUAUAUGCCCCUUGCCUCGAGAAGCUGCUAUGCCAAAGCUUAAGGAGCAGAUGCAGUACUGCAUGGAUCACCCCCAGGAGCUGAGCAGGCUCUCCAAAGUCAAAGCCCAGGUCUCCGAGGUCAAAGGCAUCAUGAUAAAGAACAUCGACGAUACAAUUCAGCGCCGGGUACAGAUAGAUGAUCUCGCGACGAGCGCAGAGCUGCUCCACGAGCAGGCCAACGAUUUCAGGCAGGAGGGCACGCGGAUAAGGCGCAAGAUGUGGUUCGAGAACAUGAAGGUCAAGCUCAUCGUCCUCGGCAUCGUAGCCGCCCUCAUCCUCAUCAUCGUCCUCUCCAUUUGUGUUGGCCACAAAUGCAAUUAG